UCAGCGCGCUUCCUCUGCAAUUCAAAUCCAAUACACAUCUCCUGAAGAAGAGAGAUACAGUCGUAACCCUGUUGACUUAUUUUCAAAUUUUGCCACUGAAUACCUUAAUCAACAAACCUUUUAAUCCAUCCGCCUUCUUUUCCUCUCACUCCUUUUUUCAAUUUUGCAGUCAUUUCCCUUUUCCGGCUGAUUAAAGCUGAAACCUUUCAGUUUGAAUUUGAGGUUUUUCUCAAAAAGAGGCGGCUAUCAAAAUCUAGCAAUUAAACUGACAGAUCUUUUCAAUUAAGUUAACCAUUUCAUGGAUGGUGAGGGUUGCGUUCAUAAUCAGUCUCCAAACCACAGAUCUGAAUCAAAGAAAAGGGGUAGCAUUGAAAUUCAAGAAACAUCCGAAACUUCUCAAAAGAGUGUUAAAAUGAGCGAUCUUGAACCAGUUUUUCAGGCCGAAGGAAGACCAAACAAUUCAGCAAUUCCGGAUUCGAGAGUGCUUGAUCUGAAUGUUCAUGUUGGCUCCACCAGUUAUGUGGUUGUGUCGGAGAAGGAAGAUGUCAUAACUAAGGCUAGAGGGUUUGAUUUGGACCUAAAUGCUGCGGCUGUUUCGAGUUCUAUCAAUGAGUCCAUCUAUCCUUGUAAAAUGAACAAGCAUUUGAUGUCAAGGGAGGACUCGGACUGUGUCAGUUCAGUAGGCCCGAUGGAUACAAAGGAUCCAAUGAGAGUCUGGAAGGGCUUGAAACAAAAUAAUUACUUGUCUGCGCCUUAUGGAGCUCCACCGGGUACCCUGUCGAAGACGCGUGGGAGGAAGAAAUCUAGCAACGAUGUAAUGAAGAAGAAAAUUGAACGUGCAAUGAAAGAACAGGUUGAUAGAUUUGCAAGAGUUGCUGCACCGAGUGGUUUGCUUAAUGGGCUUAAUCCCGGGAUCAUUAACCAUGUGAGAAACAGUAAACAGGUUCACUCUAUUAUCGAGGCGUUAGUGAGAUCAGAAAAGGACGAAAGUCUACUUUCAGGAAGCAAGAGACGUAAUCAAAUUAAUGAACUCUCUGAUAGAAGAGAAGCUAUAAAUGUGCGUGGUUCAGGAGAGCAGAUCUCUGGGUUUGAUCGUGGAGAUGCUUUACUAGGAAGAAGGCAGAUGAGUGAUUAUGCUUUUUUCUCGAAAUCAGUAUAUCCAAAUAUGGGGAUCACAAGAGGCGAUGGUGAAUCACAUAUGGGGUACGCAAGGACGUCAUCUGUAGCAAUUGGCAUGGAGAAUGCCAGUUGCUUGUCGAGUGAUGAAUCUGCAAACAUUAGCAGCGUUACUUCACUUUCUCUAAAAGCUGCGAAUAUAGCUUUACAAUGGUUGGAACUUCUACAUCAAGAUAUAAGAGGGCGUCUUGCAGCACUAAGACGGAGUAAAAAAAGAGUUCGUGCGGUUAUUACCACAGAAUUGCCCCUCCUAAUAUCCAGAGAGUUUUCGUCUGAAAAAGAAAAUGAUUUACAAAUGAUAAAUUCUACUGCUGAUGCUCACUCUGAUAGAUGGAGCACUCUAUUUGGGAAAAUGGAUAAAGCACUUUCUGAAGAAGAGGGCCAUCUGGAGAAUUGGUUGAACCAAGUGAAGGAAAUGCAGUCACAUUGUGAAAUCGGUCUGAGCGCAAAUGCUUUGCAUUGCCCUUCGGAGCAGGCACUUCCUCACAACAGAUCGGGAGCUGUGGAAGAUUCGGACAAGGAUUUAGCUGUGAGGGCUGCUGCUGCUUCGAUAUAUUCGACUUGCAACUUCUUGUUGUCAAGGGAAAACUUGCCUUGUUGCUAGCUACUCAUGAGCUUGCUAACUGACGAUGAUAUAUUCUUGACUGGACUUGGAUGAAUAUGUUAUAUGCAGUCCUGUUGAAUUUCUUUUAGUAUUACUACCAUACAAUAAUAUGGAGUUUGGUU